GCUGAGACAUUAAGCUCCGCCCCCUGCUUCUUUGUGGCAUGAAUCGACCCCCAUACACGCAUCUUUUUCCGGUUAAGGUUAAUCCUCCCUCCCGCUUGCAACGCAGAAACAAAUCUACCAUUCUGUGCUCUAGUUUCAGCGUGUUUUUAUUCAACACAGAUCUGAUCCGCUCCCCUAGAAACGGAUGCGGUUCUGCUCGGAAGGAGCAGCAGCUGCAUGGAGCAGAGAGAGGCCGGGAGACCGCGCGCUGCAGAGUGAUGGAGCACGAAGGUAACAGGACGCGGUUCGUUACCGCCGGACAGAAGCCCUCGGCUCCGUUAUGCAACAGUUCAAACGUCCGUUCAUCCGCUAGUUCGUGCUAUACGAGGAUGACCGCGCUCGCGGGGCUGUAGUUGGCAGUAAGUGGAACCGGAGUCCCUCCCCUGCUGGUCUCUGGACCGGGUCUCCCUGCGGCAGCACCACGGACAGCGACGAUGACUCGUCUGCGCAGGAAAGCGCUCGUUGCGCUUUUCCUCUUCACCCUCUUCAUCUUCGGGACCAUGAUGGGGCUCAGGACGCUCAAACCCAGCGACGGCUUCUCCGACCUCGCGCCAGGAAUGGACUUCAUGGCGGAGAGAUCCGAGAGGAGGCGGCUGGACACGAGGGACGUGGUGGUGUCGCCGGGCCAGUUCCAUACGGGCAGCAGCGACACCAAGGUGGUGUUCACCAAAUCCGACCGGGAUUACAGCAUUUUUUACGAUGUCCACAUCUUCUACUACCUGUGGUACGGCUCUCCCAGCGUGGACAACAAGUACAUCCACUGGGAUCACGUCCUGGUGCCGCACUGGGACCCAAAGAUCGCGGCCAGUCACGCGCAAGGGAGGCACACACCUCCAGAGGACAUAGCCUCGAGUUUCUACCCUGAGCUGGGAGCCUACAGCUCCAGGGACCCGAAGGUGCUGGACUCACACAUGGCCCAGAUAGAGGCAGCUGCAGCAGGGGUGCUGGUGUUGUCAUGGUAUCCUCCUGGGGUGGCAGAUGACCACGGGGAGCCCACCGAAGACCUGGUUCCUGCUGUCAUGGACGCUGCCCAAAGGCACAGCAUCAAGGUGGCCUUUCACAUACAGCCAUACAAGGGACGGACGGACCAGAGCAUGCAUGACAACGUCAAAUAUAUUAUUGACAAGUAUGGAAAACAUGCCGCCUUCUACAGAUUCAGGACCAGCACGGGGCAGGUCCUGCCUCUCUUUUAUGUCUACGACUCCUACCUGACACCUCCCGAGUCCUGGGCGGAGCUCCUGACAGCUAAAGGCUCCCAGAGUAUCCGAGGCACACCUUAUGACGGGGUUUUUGUUGCCCUUAUCGUGGAGGAGCGCCACAAACACGACGUCCUUGCUAGCGGCUUUGAUGGCAUGUACACCUACUUUGCCUCCAAUGGCUUUUCCUUUGGCUCAUCCCACCAGAACUGGAAAGCCAUCAAGGCUUUCUGUGAUGCAAACAAUCUCCUGUUUAUCCCCAGUGUUGGUCCAGGGUACGUAGACACUGCUGUGCGACCAUGGAACAACCAUAACACCAGAAACAGGGUCAACGGACGUUACUACGAGACCUCCCUGCAGGCAGCUCUGUCUGUCAGGCCAGAAAUAGUCACCAUUACAUCCUUCAACCACUGGCAUGAAGGCACACAGAUAGAAAGGGCUGUACCCAAGAAAACAGUCACACGCUUGUAUCUGGACUAUCAGCCUAACCAAGCAGACCACUAUCUGCUGCUUACGCGCCAGUGGGCUGAGAACUUCAACAAGGAAAAAGACAAGUGGCUGAUGUGAACAGAGCACCUUAGUGUUUAUCCUGGUUACUCUGACGCGCCUCAUGACAAUUUCCCGUCAUCCUCAGUAUGGCCCCGGUGUUUUAUCUCACUGACGUGCUUUUGAACUGGUUAAUAAUGUUGCGGAUGAGCUGAAACUACCGGAUGACAGUGAUGAACAGCUGAUCGUUGUUUCCUAAUCAGUAUUUCUUGGUAAUAUUAAUAAGUAUGGUUAAAAUGAACCACUCUGUAGGGUUUUUGAUUUUUCUUAUUUUCAUAUGAUGAAGACUGUUUUUUCCUGUAUUUCCUCAAUGAACAAUAAAAUGUGUCUGUUUACCA